AUGGAAUGUGUGCGCUUACGAAGCCUAAACUUUACCCAUUGUCAGGCAACACCAGAGGCUCCUCUCAGGGAAGCAGCAACACCCGGGGGCUCCUCUCAGGGAAGCAGCAACACCCGGGGGCUCCUCUCAGGGAAGCAGCAACACCCAGACUCCUCUCAGGGAAGCAGCAACACCCGGGGGCUCCUCUCAGGGAAGCAGCAACACCCGGGGGCUCCUCUCAGGGAAGCAGCAACACCCGGGGGCUCCUCUCAGGGAAGCAGCAACACCCAGACUCCUCUCAGGAAAGCAGCAACACCCGGGGGCUCCUCUCAGGGAAGCAGCAACACCCGGGGGCUCCUCUCAGGGAAGCAGCAACACCCGGGGGCUCCUCUCAGGGAAGCAGCAACACCCAGACUCCUCUCAGGAAAGCAGCAACACCCGGGGGCUCCUCUCAGGGAAGCAGCAACACCCGGGGGCUCCUCUCAGGGAAGCAGCAACACCCGGGGGCUCCUCUCAGGGAAGCAGCAACACCCAGACUCCUCUCAGGAAAGCAGCAACACCCGGGGGCUCCUCUCAGGGAAGCAGCAACACCAGAGGCUCCUCUCAGGGAAGCAGCAACACCAGAGGCUCCUCUCAGGGAAGCAGCAACACCCAGACUCCUCUCGGGGAAGCAGCAACACCAGAGGCUCCUCUCAGGGAAGCAGCAACACCCGGGGGCUCCUCUCAGGGAAGCAGCAACACCCGAGCUCCUCUCAGGGAAGCAGCAACACCCAGACUCCUCACAGGGAAGCAGCAACACCCAGACCCCUCACAGGGAAGCAGCAACACCCAGACUUCUCUCAGGGAAGCAACCGAAGGCAACAUGAAAAGAUUCCCAAACACAAAGCCCGGGCUUGGAACGGUCUCUUGUGGAGGUAUGGAUAUGGCGCUGAGGUUGGGGCUGGGGCUAGGAGGAGGAGGAGGAAGGGUAGUUAG